CGGACUAAAUACAGUUUUACCGACCUCAUAAAGAUGGCGGCUACCUUGUCCCGGUUAGUGCCUGUUUGGGGGAAAGUAAGACGUUUCCUAGUAAAUUCUGUUAUCAUAGGUCAGACAACGGCGUGCUGCACAAAAAUGGAUACAGACAGAACUACGAAGCUGGAGUUUGCAGUGCAGAUGACAUGUGACAGUUGUGCAGAGAAAGUCAGAGCUGCACUGGAAGGAAAACCAGGAGUGCAGUCGGUGAAGAUAGAUGUGGGGAAGGAGGUGGUUCUGGUGGAGUCUGCUCUGACGUCCCAUGAGGUGCAGGAUCUCAUAGAGAGCACUGGGCGCAGGGCAGUACUAAAGGGCAUCGGAGGAACAGAAUUAGACCUGGGUGCAGCGGUGGCCAUGAUGGGCGGUAGUGGUCCUGUCCAGGGGGUGGUGAGGUUCCUCCAGCUGUCUGAGGAGCGCUGUCUGAUUGACGGGACCAUUGAUGGUCUGGAACCUGGCACCCACGGACUCCACGUCCACACGUUGGGAGACCUCACACAGGACUGCCAGAGCUGUGGAGAACACUAUAACCCCUAUGGGAGACAACAUGGUGCCCCUCAGGACCCAGACAGGCAUGUAGGUGAUCUGGGGAAUAUUGUGGCCGGACCAGACGGUCGAGCCUCAUUCAGACUAGAGGACCCUGAGCUGAAGGUGUGGGACGUGAUUGGUCGGUCUCUGGUGGUGGAUGCUGGGGAGGAUGACCUGGGAAGGGGGGCUCACCCCCUCUCCAAACUAACUGGGAACUCCGGCCAGAGGCUGGCCUGUGGGAUCAUCGCUCGUGCCGCUGGCCUGUUCCAGAACGCUAAGCAGAUCUGUGCGUGUGACGGGGUUACUCUCUGGGAGGAGAGGGAUAGACCGCUGGCCGGGACGGGUCGCCGCAAGACCACUACAGAGACACCUGCUGCUCACCUGUGACCUGGGGUCUGUUCAGGAGGAUGUGACGUUACAGAAUAUAAAAAAAAUACAUGUAUUGUGUAGAAUGGAUGUCAGCACUAUUCAUUAUAUUUCUAUCUGCAACGUUCAGAACGUUUCGUAUCACUGAAUACACCCAUGAACGGCCUACCUCACUGGCUGUCGCUGAUGAUGUCACACUGACUGAAGUUGCACUGAGAGCGAGGGAGGGUAGGAGAAUAGAAGAGGAGAAACCAAAACCAAUUUUUUGUCUAUUCAGCUGUAAUAAUAAUUGAAUUGCCAUAUAGAAUUCUUUUGAGAUUGAAAUCUGUCAUAAGUCUAAAGAAAAACGACAGCACAAUAAUAUGAUAUAGGUGUCUAGAUACUUAGUGAUCUCCCAUAUAGGCAAGAUCAGGAUUCCAAGCCCAAAUAUCCCAUGUUGACUAUUCUGUUUUUGUCGACUAAGUUUUGUACUGUUAAGCAGUCAAUGUUGUAAUUCUAUUUGAUUACAAUUUCAUAUGCAUCUCAACAGCUUUACUGUCUAAAUAUCUCUCUUUAUCUCUGGAUGUGCUCAUUGUGUUUUUAAACUGUGGGUGUUGAUUGGAUUGACUUGAGAUGGUGACUGUUUCAAUGGUUCAAUUACCUUUUGGUAGAAUGCCAUUCUACUAAGGUGAAUCGCCGGUCUUUCCUCGCAUCCUCUCUCUACCUUCUCCAGUCGCAUUGGAGGUGAAGAUCACCUCCGAUCUUCUCAAACGAGUUUGGGGGAUUUGAGAAGCGAUUAAAUACUUCAGGGCAGCAGGAAGCCGAGUGUUGGACCACUAACUGAGGGGUCGAUGGUUCGGGUCCACAAGCUGACUAAGUGAAGAGUGAUGUACUCUUGAGUGGGGCGCUUGACCCUAGUUGCUCCUGUGGGUCAUUCUGGAUACAAGCAUCUGCUAAAUGAUUAAAAUUGAGCAGUUUCCAUGACUUGAAUCAUGAUUAUAUCAAAAUCUUUGUAGCUAGUGUUGUAAUCUUUCUCAAGUUUAGGAAAGUUAUUCAUCAACUUUUCUCAGUGAAAUUAAAUUUACAAUAAAAGUUGCCCUUUGGACUAUGGUGAAACCAGUCUAUGAA